UUGAGUAGUUAGGUUAAUAUGAUCCAACGGUUAGUAUCAUGGAAUUGAAGUUUUUUUGACGGCUGAGAUUAAAAAGAUUGCAUUUCUUAUCAAGGAUUAUUUAUGAAAUGGCACCAUUGGUAAGUAAUGCGUUAUCCUUUCUAGCGGGAAGAAACGGUUGGAGGAGGAAGGAGGAGGGUGCCACUGCCAACAAUGGUGUUGGUGUGUGCUGUUACGCUUUCUUCCACACUUUUAAUCCAAAAUUCUGUUCCUUUGACUUCUCAAAGUUCAAGUAGAGCAUUUGGUUCCCCUUUACUAUUCAACAGAGAUAAUGGUUCUGUUGUUCCAAUUCUUGUUGUGUGUCAUGCUAAGAAGAAACUCAGUUUUGUGGACCAGAUUCUAGAUUACAUCGAAGGAGGUCCCAAAUUAAGGAGAUGGUAUGGUGCACCAGAUCUCCUUCCAAAAGAUGCUACUGCCACAGAAGAUGAUGAGGAUGAUUAUCAGGAAGAUGAAGUCAGGGAUGCAGUGCUGGUAACAGAUGGAGAUAGUGAGAUGGGUCAGAUGGUGAUAUUGUCAUUGAUUGUGAAAAGAACUCGAGUAAAGACACUGGUGAAGGAUAAACGGGUUGCGCUUGAAGCCUUCGGAAGUUAUGUUGAGUCAAUGGCAGGAGAUACAAGUGACAAUCGAUUUCUCAAGAAAGCUCUGAGAGGAGUUCGCACAAUCAUAUGCCCAAAUGAGGGUUUUCUUUCCAGUGUUCAAAGCCUUCAAGGGGUACAACAUGUAAUCCUCUUAUCACAGUUGUCAGUUUAUAGUGGUAAAAGUGGCAUUCAAUAUAUGAUGAAAAGCAAUGCAAAGAAAUUGACCGAGCAAGAUGAAUCAGUAUUGAUGACUUCAGGAGUUCCUUACACCAUAAUUAGGACUGGUGCAUUACAAGAUACCCCUGGUGGGAAGCAAGGCUUUAACUUCGACAAGGGUUGUGCAGCUAGUGGAAGUAUUAGCAAAGAAGAUGCUGCCUUUGUGUGUGUAGCUGCCUUGGACUGUGUCCCACAAACUGGAUUCAUGUUUGAGGUGGCAAAUGGGGAAAAUAAAGUUUCAGAUUGGAAAGAAUGUUUGGCCACAUUGAUGGAGAAAGCGAGUCAGUAACUUCAGUGACCAUUCACAAGGCAUGUGUAUUCCAAUUUUAAUUCUUUAUGUGCGAGAUUGUCUCAAAUGGGUUUGUAUUCCUUUUGAGAAAAUUGAGCUUUGUGCUUUAUCUUACCUUCCUGUGAAAAAAUAAAAUAAAAUUGGUUUCAGACUAGAACUGCAUAUUUUAAUAAACAUUCUGUCAACUAAAA